GUUUAUUAAGUUUUAUAAAUAUUUUUUAUUUUAUUAAUUAUUUUCCAUUGUCUAUGUUCCCCAUCUAUCGGUAAAUGUAACUAGUUAAAUCAUGGUAUAUUGAAUCAUCAGAUUGUUUAUAAGCAAUAAAAUCCUUAUGUGUGUAUAAAAUUAACAAAUGUGUUUAAUUAAGAACCGUUAUGAAUAUGGAAGAUGUUACCUAGUUUAUCUUUCUCAACCUUCUUGACUAAAUUUUCAAUAAUUUGUGCCAUAUUAAUCACAUUUUCAAAAUGCUUUGUAAUCUUACCAAAAUCUAAAUUUUGCACAUUUGAAGGUUAUCAAACCCCAAACAAACUAGAUCAACUAUCGCAAAAGUUUGUGCUUUCGUCUUUGGAAGGGCCUCUGGACAGGGAGUCUCAUUUUACAAGAAUAGAACAUGAACCCGUGUCAAGAAUUUUAUCGCAAUGCAUGGAACGGUCAAUGAUUUCACAGUCUACUGAUUUCGUUAAACUGGAUCAACUUUUAACCAGUUACCAAACUCAAAACUUCAAUAAUUCUAUGUAUAACUCAAUUUACUACGGAAUUGACUGCACUAAUGAUUUUAUUCAUGAGGGAACGUUGUUCCAGUUAUUGCUACUGAGGAGAUUUUUGUCCGAGAAUUUUAAUGUAGUUUUGGUUCUGGGUGGAGGAACAACGUUAGUUGGAGACCCUUCAUAUAAAUUAAGAAGAAACAGAAAUGAUAACUUUCAUUUUUCCAAUUUUAUACUAAACAAAGAUAAUUCUGAAAUUGAUACAACAAAUGAACAAGCAAUUGAGGAAAUCGCAACUAAAAUACUUUCUAGACCAAUAAAGAUUGAAAACACAGGUUUAUAUAAUGAUGUCAUUGUUGUACCAAAGGUUGUUAGAGUAUCAAAUUUGGAAUCGGAUUUAGAUAUUUUAUCUGAGAUGAGUAAACCAUAUAGGGUAUUCAUAGUUAAUAACAGAGAUAUUUACAAUCGUGUGAACUUGAUGGAAUACCUAGAAACGGUAGCAAGGAAUAUGAAUGUAGGAAGAAUGUUAGCUAGAGAUUGUAUAAAGAUACGUAUGCUUGAUAAGGAUGGGACUGGGUAUAAGAAAAGCAUUAAUAUGGACCUGGCUGAGUUAAUGUAUAUGUCACUCCAGGCAAUGGACUUUGUAUACCUCGCACAAAAUUUUAACUGUAAAAUACAACUAGGUGGUAAUGAUCAGAUGGGAAAUAUCGUUUCUGGUAUUGAACUAGCAGGUUCACUUGGAAUCGGGAAUGUAUAUGGGAUAACCACACCUCUUUUGAAGGAUAAAUUCGGUGAAAAAAUUAGUAAAACUGGGUCAAACUGCUUCUUAAAAAUUACCAACAAAACCUCACCUCAUGAAUUUUGGUCACAUUUCAGAAGCGUGGAUGAUUCAGAAGUAGAAAAUUAUUUGAAAUGGUUUACUGAUGUAUCAUUGGAUAAAAUAAAGGAGUCUAUUUUAGAACAUUAUAAUAGUGGAAAGGUUCUAUUGGCUGAUGAGCUGACGCGUUUGUUGUAUGGAAACCAGACUGUGGAGUUGAUACAUAAAUUCUGUAUGACUAAGAAUUUUUCCGAUUUAACACCUUUUUUAACUAAUUCUGGUACUAAUUUGGAAGAUUUUGAGUCAUUCAUCAAUUUCUCUAAAGCCGUGCCUCAUAUAAACCUUACUACAGAACAACUUUCCAAAGGAGUUGAGCUGUUGGAGGUAUUGGAUACAGUUAGAGUACCUCAAUAUUCAAAUGCCUUUUUUCACACAAAUAAAAAGUUCAUAAAGGAAGGAGGGUGUAAAGUGAAUGGAAAUGUAGUGACUGAUGUAAAGUAUACUCUGACAGAAAAAGACGUAGUCAAAUUAACCAGUGAAGGGAAUGAUUACAAGUACAUUACAAUACAACUGGGGAAUAGAAGAAUAUAUUUUUUAAUAGUAGAUUAUUCUUUUUAAUAAUACA